AUGGCAGCAACAACAUAUAGAUAUCGAUCACAUUCAAGUGAACAUUUCCCAUCAUCAAAAGUUCAACUUCCAAAAAUUCAUUCUUCUCGUUCAACAGGUGCGAUUGAUAUUAAAUCAAUUCUAUCUUCAACUUCUUCAUCAUCAUUUUCUCUUGAUAAUGAAACAAAAAAUGAAAAUAUUAUUUGUUCAUCAUUAUCAACACGUCCAUCAAAUUCGGAAUAUUUUCGUAAAUCAAAUUCAUUGGAUUCGGGUUAUAAAACAUUAAGUGCAGCUAGUCAUGGAACAUCACAUACAGAUACGAUUGAUGAAGAAAAUGAACGGCAUAAUAGUUUUUUACAAAUAGCAUCAUCACCAUCGUCAUGUUCAUCAUCAUCCUAUGUUGUAUCAAAUACAAAUAAUAAUCAAAAAAUCAAUUCAAAAAUUGAAUUUAUUGUUGUUGAUGAUGAAGAUGAUGUUGAUGAUAAACUUCCAAGAUUAUCAAGAAAAAAUUCGAAAUCAAAUGCCGAUGGAUUAUCAUCAGGUGGUGAUCGUCGUUCACGUAAAAAUAGUCUUUCGAAUUAUUCCGUAUCAAAUUAUAGUGUUCUUUUGAAUGAAUUUUGUUGUACUUCAUCGGAUAAAAUUGAUGAAACAAUAAUUGAUGAGAAAACAAUCAAGAAACGAAGCGGAUUUGCUAAUACAGUAGCAACAUUUUUUUCAUCAAAAAAGAAAGAAGAUGAACAACCAUCAAUGGUAACACCUACAAAAAGAAUUCAGCGAUCAAGAAGUGUAUCAGAAGCAUCAUUAGAAAGAACAACUAUCAAUCAAGAUUCUAUUGAAACUGUGAGAACACUUUCAAUUGAAACUACUGAUGAUCAAAUCGAUAGUGAAAUUAUAUCGACUAAAUUACCAACUACAACCACUUAUACGAUUCCAUCCAAACCUGUAAAAAUUUCUACGCAGUCAUUACUUACAACAUCCUCAUCGUCAUCAUCAACUACACCAACAACACCAACUAAUAACAAUCAACAAACAUCAUCAUUAAGUUGGUUAUAUCGUCUUUCAAAUCGUUUUAAUCCGUCAACAUCAACAACACGUUCAACAACAAAAACAAGUAGUACCGGUUUAAUAUUUGAAAAUCGUCCAACAAAUUUACCACCGAAAUCUGAUAAAGAAACACUUAAACAUCAAGUUGAAUAUCAAAAAAUGUGUUUAGAAGCUAAACGUGCUCAACAAUUAUAUGAUGAAAAAGAAGAACAACGACAACAUUUAAAAUUAAAACGUGAAGAAUUUGUUUCCAAAUCAUUGAAAAUUUGGACAAAUGAAAUAUUACCAUAUUGGGAUAGAUAUCAUAGUAUAAAUAAUUGUCCAGAUUUAAUAUUAAAUUCGAAAGCUUAUAAAUUAUGGUGGCAUGGUUUACCACCACGUAUAAGAGGCAAAGUAUGGAAAAUGGCUAUUGGAAAUGAACUUGGUUUAACUUAUGAAUUAUUUACACAACUUCAACAAAUGGCAAAAGAAAAAUUAGAAGAAGCAAAACAAGCAGAAGAUGCUCGUAGUAAUCAUUCAGCAUCACCACAAUUACGAACAACAACAAUUACACAUGCAAGCGAAACAACAAGUUCAUAUAUUGAACUUAUUCAACUUGAUGUAUCAAGAACAUUUCCACAACUUGGACUUUUUCAACAAAAUGGACCAUAUCAUGAAUAUCUUCAAUUAUUACUUUGUAUAUAUGUAUAUUUUUGUCCUGAAAUUGGUUAUGUACAAGGUCAAGCAUUUCUUGCUGCAAUGUUUUUAUUAAAUCUUGAUUUAUUUGAUUCAUUUAUAUGUUUUUCAAAUCUAUUAAAUCGUCCAUAUUUUCAAACAUUCUAUCGUUUUAAUAAUAUUGAAAAAUAUUUAGAAUUAUUUAAUCAAUUACUUAAUUAUCAUUUACCUAAAUUAAGUGCACAUUUUAUUCAAAUGUCAAUAGAACCAAAUUGUUUUGCAUUAGAUUGGUUUUUUACAAUUUAUUCAAAAUCAUUACCACUUGAUGUUGUUUCACGUAUAUGGGAUAUAUUUUUUCGCGAUGGUGAUGCAUUUAUAUUUCGUACAGCCAUUGCUAUUCUAUCUCUAUAUGAAGAACGUUUAUGUCAAUUGGAUACAUUUCAUUGUUUACAAUUUUUAACACGUUUACCUGAUGAUUUAAAUGUUACAUCAUUAUUUAAAGCAAUUGAUAAAAUUAAUUUUGAUCAUACAAAUUGUGAAUUAUUUUAUUUAAUUGCUUAA